CUUCAGGUGAAAACACAGGUGUGUCAUAACAAAGAUAGAUAUUACACAUAGGUUUGUGUAUUGUUAAUAGAUUUACAACACAUUGUACUGAUUUCAAUAUUCAUUCGGAUUUUAUAAAAAUUAUUCAAAGGGUCACAUCAUGUAAAACAAGAGACUAACAAUCACAACAAUGCCAUCAAAGAAAGACCGACGUAAAAUUCUGUCUCAGAUCUGGGCUACUCCUACCCCAGUGGAUGUGGAUUUUUUCGACAAAGGAAAUGAAAUCGUUGUUACCACAGCAUAUAAGGGUGACAAAACUAUAUGGUGGUUACGUGUGUUCAAAAGUAUAUUCCCAGAUAAAACUUAUAGGGAGAAAGCAGACAUCACCAAACUGAAAAUUGCUCCUGCAGUGACAGUGAAAAUUAAUAAACGAACAGGAAUAAUGAAAAUUUAUGGUAAAAAUCACUGGAUAUGGUUUAUAGACAAUUUCGCAGACAUUUUGGAGCAGGCUAAUGCUGACAUGCAAGAAUUAGCUGAUGUACAAUCUGUGUCAGACAAUUCUGUAACAAGGUAUCUACAACUGGAUAAAAAUGUGGAAGAGGUUCAAGAUUUACUAGAUAUGAUACCAGAAGGAGGUGGCAUCAUGCAGCAUGAUUAUAUAAUGAGACUGUGGAAAAGUUUACUAGACGACUGGUUUGGUUGUGGUGCCAGUGUUUAUAUAGUUACACCGAGAAUUGACGAGGAACGUUUGUUUCAGAUGUGUUUGUUGAUGAUUCGUAACAAAGGAACUGCAUUUUCUGUGACUUUGGUUGUGCCAGUGAAAGGACCUAACGGUGAAAAAUUCAAAAAAUCACUGGAUACUGCAGUCAGAAUGAUGAAGAAAACAAGAACUCCACGGACUCAGAAAAGACUUGUUUCGGAUGUGAAAAUGCAGUGGGCAUUAGACAAUUUACAUGUUCACAAUGAAAACUUUUCAACAAACUUUGUGGCAGCUUACAAAGACGACGAAGCAGAAGUGCUAACAACGACGGCUCAUUUUCAUAAAAGUCAUUUUCACACGAAUCAAAAGGACAAUGUUUGCUACAACAAACUGCCAACUCAGGACCUUAAAAGGAACUAUUUAUUCCCCUUGGGAGUCUCAAGUGUCAAUUACUGAUUUGUUUCAUAAAAAAAAAUUUUGCAUGUGAAAUAACUAUUAUAUUACACUGCAUGUUACAUACAAGUUGAAUAUAAAUUUUUAGAACAAAGAAGUAAGAUUGUAAAAAAUCAUCUUUUCAUAGAAAAAUCUUCAUUCUAUUUACUAAAUUUACAAGAUGUGCUUAUCUUGUCUGUGUUAAUUUGUUUAAAUUUGAGAAAGUUGUUUUUAAAUUUAAAUUCACAACUAGUCUGUACUCAACACUGCAUGUAAUCUGUAAAUUCUAUUAGUAAAUUGUCUUUUCAAAAGUGUCAUACAUUAUUUUAUCUUUAAUCAUUCCAUUUACAAGCCCGUUUAUUUACACAUACUUUUUAAUCUUGGACGUGCAUAAAUUUAAUCUUAAAAAAAAAGGUCCUAGAAUGAUACUAAUAAAAAGAGAUUGCACAACAAAUUCAUAAUAUUCUAUAUCUUAAAUCAAUGAUUUUUUUCUCCAAAAUCAAGUGACAGAAAAAUAAAAUCACAGUUUAGUUAGAUUUGAUUUUCUUAUUCUGUACUUAUGUUCAUGUUAUAUUUCAGUACACACAUGUUGCAUGUCACAUCAAUGAUAUUUCUUGUUUACAGGUGAAAAAUGUCAACAUGUAAUACAUUGUAACAACAUUUCAUCCAUUCAUGUCAGUAAAUCAUGCAUACAAUGCAGGUUAUGUAGUUCAAAAGUAAUCCUGUUUCAAAUGUUGUCAAUACAUAUUUUUAGUUAUUCAAUUUAGAAUGAUUUUGAUAAAAGAAAAUACUAGAAAGUUUUCGAACCAUAUCUGAAAAGAAAUCCACUUGACAAACAAUUGUAAUAUAAACAUCUGAAUGCAUUUUAUUUUUAUAAGGGCAUAUGAUACUAUUGCAAGGGUAUAUAGAAAAUCUAAAAUGUAAUGUGUUGGUGAUGAUAAGCAUCCCAAAUUGGCGGAAAAUUCCACAAGGUCAUAAUAUUGUAACAUGAACUUGAAAGCAUUUGCAAAGGGAAAAAAAAACAAACAAAGUUAUUCUUAAGUGCACACAAUCUACAGCAGGGCAUGAGUGGCAUCAAGCUUAAGGCAUAUGAUGAGACUGUCUACUUUUUAUAUCAUCAAUGAGUUCUAAUUUAUGACAGUAAUUUAGAUAACAUUUUGAAACAGGGCAAGAAAAACUGCACGAAAAUGAUUCAUUAGGAAUAACUGCAUUUCAGUUUAGCUCUAGAAAACAUAAAUUAUAUCUUCACCAUUAACAAAUGGUUUUUGAGCUUAAAAAUGAACAAAAUGGACCUUAUUCAAUUUCCAUUGCCGUCCAUUGUUCUUUACUUCAAUUUUUUUUUUGGAGAAAAUCAAUAACAGCAUGAUUUGUUGUAAAAAUAAUAUACUGCUUUCUAUUACAUGAAACAUGAAAAACUGAAAUAUUUAAGGAAGGACUGUAAUAUUUUUUCUGUCUAUGAAGAAAAAACAUAAAAAAUUUGGUGCACACUGAAUAACAUGCAUAGCCGGUUAUUUAACAGUGUACACAACAUUUUUUAUGUUAUUUCGAAUAGACAGAAAAAAAUAUUACAGUCAUUUCUUAUAAUUUAAUUCUAAAUUCCGUUUUAAACCGUAGAAAACCAUGAAAAAACGUUGAUGACGUCACGGUCACAUGACUAAAUUAUGUCUAUGGGCUCAUAACAAAAUAACGUCAGCCAAUCAGAAGACACAUUCUUUGAAUAUUUCGGGAAGGCAAAACAAAGAUGAAUUUGAGUCAAAAUUUCAAGAAAUAUCCAGGGUAGAUCCCUUUUGUAUCAUAUGCCCUUAAAUAAGUUUUAUCAAAACAAUGGAAAUUUAAAAAAAAAAAUCUAUUUGGAAUGAAUUUGUAGAUAGCAAUAAUAUAUUAUACAGUUUUUAUAAUAUUAACUACUUCCCUAAAUAAAUUAUUCUUUCUACUUUUUAAGAAAAUUAAAACAAAAAAGGGAAGCAACUCAGGAUAUAAAUAUUAUAUCUGACUUAGCUAUUUUAGACUUCUAAAUUCCUAUAAUAUUCCUUCAAACCAAAAUGAUCAACCAAAUGGUAGAAACUUUUAUGAAAGCAUAAUACAAUGAAAAUGUCUAUGAAAAGGAUAAAUGUUAUCUAUUUUUCAAAGAAAUGCAUACAUACAUGUAAUGAUAGCAAUUGCAAUACCUUCUAUUUAUUACAGGAAUAUUUUUUUAUUGCUAUCAAUUUUUCACUUAAUCUAUAAAAUCAACUAAUAUGUGAUCAUUUAAAGAAAAAAGCAUAUUAUGACAAGAAAUAAGUCAAUCCAUCAUCAAAAUGAAUAUUUCAAAUGUCUUAUUGCCAUCUUAUUGAAGUUCUGUACUUUUUUGAUAUUUUACACAAUGCAAA